GCCUCCACAGUACACACUGGGGCACGCUUUGGGCAUCAGCUAUGUUGCACAAGUCUUGUUUACUGUUGUCCACCAGGAGGACGCCGCCACCUCCACUUUGUCUUCACCUACCACAUCCCAUCCAUGGUGUAGCCAACUUCCUACUGAGGCUGUGUCUCACAGUGGCCCAGCUGUAGUGGCCACUACCGCCACCUCUUGGUCAGCGCCGCUCACCGUGCGGCGCCCACACCUGGCCGCCAGUAACACAUGUAAUGGUCACUGUAUUUACUGCUCCACUCGCCUGUGAUUGUUAAACAAAUGUGUUAUGGGAAAAAAUUACUGUUAAAAAACAAUUUAUAAUAAUGUGUCGCUGCCACCCGUAUAAGAUACGACGCGCUUUAGCCAAUUUUAUUAUUUUAUUAACUUGUAGUAAUGGAUAUCUUCAUGCGGGAAUUUUGUGAAGGGGGCGUGAUACAGCAGGCAGCGUGAGACAGCGUGAGUUCGCACACAGCUUUAGUCCCAGCCUUGGAGACAUCAUGUGACAAAUGGAGACAGGUCGAACCCAUUUAUUAAGGUAUAUUUUUGCUGGGUAACUGAUGUCAUCUGUAGCCUACUAUUUACAAUUCAAAGAUAUAAGAUGGGUGUGAGCACAGCUGGUGAGGCUGAGGCUGAGGGCACCUCCCACUGCGGCUAACCUGCCGCCGCCACUGUAAUACCACACUACUGUUGACGCUAUAACCACGAUCAGUGCCAAGCACUGUGAUAUCGCCCAGAGAAACAAUUGGCAUCACUUUGGCCCGAAAAAGUUGGUAUUCACAAGAGGUGCCGCCACUAGCAAGGUGCGGUGUCCAGUAAACCUCAGUACAGGCCAACGCCCUGCAUGGGCACCUCAUUCACAGUAGCGAACCUUCUCUCAAGAACUCAACACUUGGAAUACCAGACAAAAAAUGUGAAAUAAAUUAAGAAGUUUGUUUGCGUAUAUACUGAAAUAAGAAUUGAAAUAAAAUAUGGUGUGAUUUUAAAUACGUGAGCUAUUUGUUGAGGCGAUAAAGAGAGGGAAGACAAGUUUAUAGCGACACACGAGUGACUAGUACCCCAGUGGUCGCCUGUGGGCGCAAGUGAGCUACUACACUACUCUGUCUGAUUAACUUGAAAGAAAACACAACUACAGGAAACAAUUAAAAAUAUAUAUAAAUACAUGCAAACGAGGUGAUACAGAACCAGUGAGCGCGUCACGCUAGACCAGCCACCGUUAUAAGAUGAAUUUUAUGUACUAUAAAGGCUUCACCGACGACAAGACUACUACUUCACACGUCGGCUACAAGAAGAAGAAGGAUCCUAGGAAGAAAAAUAACGCCUUUCAACAUGGACCAGAAGGCCACCCCCUGGGGUGCGAGUGCGAGGUGUGCUCCACCGAGUUUCCCCUACGCACCCACCUCCUCAUCGACAUGUCCUAUUCGAGGCUGAACCAGGGCCAGGCGACGCCCAAGACCAGCACCGGCUCAAGGUUCAGCUUUUUCUCCCGCAAAAAAACGUCUUCCUGCUCGACGGCUGACCACACGGCCGCCACUCUUGCUCUGUUGAAGGAACAACGACGCAUCAGUGCUGCUAGGGCGCAGCAGCAGGCAGAGCUUGAGGCCGAAGAGAUGGCAGCAGCCUCCCAAGACCCUGUGACCUUGGGUACGCUCAAGCAGGACUCACUCAUGAUCCCCGUGGCCAAGAUGUCACACUUCUUCCCUGCCGGACACCCGAUCCCCACCACGUCGAGCACUGGCCGCCUCAGGUUGCUGGAGGCCCCCGAGCAGCAGCUGCACGUGGUGUUUCACAUGAUGGGUCACGCCGUCCACGUAACCCCGGCCCUCUGCUCCCCCCUCUACGACCUCUACACCCACCACCGUGAACACGUGGUCAAGGCGUUCAAGGCGGCAGUGUCUGGUGUGGGAGUGAGCAGUGGCGUCCUCCAGGGAAUGGUGCUGGUCAACCUGGAGCGGGGAGGUGAGAUGGGCGCAGUGGAGUUCCCGUUCAUGAUGUUGUGGGUGGUGGACGGACGGCAUUGUGAUACCCACCAGGUGAUUAACAAGGUGCGAAACCUUAGCCUCGAAGCCCUCGACCCCGCCAAGACCGGCUUCACCUGCCCCCACUACUUCGACACCUUUGAGGAGGUCGCCAUGCUGGCCCGCCCGCCCCUCGAGAAGGUGUCCCGUAAGGCCACUACCUCCUCCACGGGUUACAUCAUCACAGUCUUCCGUGUGUUUGAGGGUGACGACGGCGAGAAAUUUGAAAGGAACUGGCUGGGAUGGACAGGAGCGAGAACGAUGUACAAGAGCUUGACGAAUGAGGUCGGGCUCCGAAGGCUGACACUGCACAAGUCCAAACCCCAGAACGGCACCCUUCACUACGUCCUCCUCUGUGACUGCUCCAAUUUUCUUACCUGCAUCCACCAGGCGGUGAAGGCCAUCCCCCUCAGGAUGCGGCUGUGUGGGGACAUGGGGCUCUACAGACCUAUAGCUACUUACUGAGACGUUACUCCUACCUCCUUGUCCUCACCCUGUAGCAUACUCUUAAUAUAAGAUAUGUUUUACGAACACUUGAUCUUGUAGAGAGUUCUAUUUAUUUUUUGUUAAGAAUUUACUGAAUAUUUUAAUAAUGUAUAAUCAUUUCUGCAAAUAUACAAGUUAGUUGUGCAAAUGACACUGUGAUCAACAUACAACGAUAGAAUAACGCAGCUGUUCGUCUUGUAUAGUAGAUUUGUAAGUGUUGUGCCAGUGUAGUGGUGAGGGCGCCUGGAACUUCCAUUUGAUGGUAGCAGAGUAUCAUCAGUGUUAGUGAAAGUGAAGCAUCAUGCUACUGCCUCUCACAUAUAUUUAAAAUCAACUUAACAUUAAAAGUCAUAAUUUUUUCUUAGCUUUCUUGAUUUUUUCUAUUUUAGGUACAACUGCUUUUCUUUGAUUUUUGUCAGAAAGAUUGGAAUAAUAACGAUGACAUUGAUAUGUACAGAAACUAUAUACAAAUGGACUAUCUUUAGAAAAGGUGGAAUAUACACGUCGAUAACAUUAAUUCUGCAAGCUCAGGCCUGAGGCGAACAAGGAGCUAUUCACGGGGAGGCGCUAGAUCUUGGAGAUUAUACCAGUUGACAGAA